UGGUGCGAUAAUGAUGUCACGAAACUAGACCUACCGCUUUUGUUUUAAAUAUAAUACAUAUUUCUUCUAUAUAAGGAUAUGUGUUAAAAAAGCAAUGUAGGUAAUUUUGGAGAUUCGGGAUGGUCUCCGCUUUAGGACUGUCUUUUAUUUGUUUAUCGAUCUAUAACGGUGUAUUGAGAAUAACAGGAAUGCGUUCAUGUUCGGAAACAUCUUUGCAUGUAACAAGUAUGUGUUCGCCAGACAGUUAUCUAUCAAGCUUUAUUUAUCUGGAUGUUCACAACGCUAGUCUGUACUACCUCCAAUCCUGUAGUUGCACGGUGCACGUGCGAUUUCCUGGAAAAAUAUAUUUUGUGCCAGAAAGAACACCAUCAUCCGACUGCGGAUCUGCAAUCCACAUUGUCAGUUAUGAUGGAAACCAAAAUUAUACCUUCCUCUGUACCGGAUCGACGUCAUUUCAUGUUAAAAAGGAUGAUAAGAUAAACAUUACUGUGAGAAGAACCAAUUUAGAAGGGCCAGUUUACAACACAUCAUAUUGCUACAUUAUAUCACUUGCCUCAGACAGUGGAAUUGGCUCAGAAGCCUUCCAGAUCUCGUGUCCCUUUCUGGAGAGAAGAACAACUACUUCUACAACCACAACUACAUUAUCAACCACUUCUUCAAGUACUCCAUCAGUUUCUACGGCACCAGUUUCAACACAGGAAGAGACAACGUCAUUACCAAAUUCAACUACAUCUCCGAAGCUGAUAACAGAUACUUCCAAAGAUGUCAGCGAAAACGACCGUGUCAGCGAAAAAGACCGUGUAUAUCUUGAAGUAGUUAUUCCGUUGGGAAUUGUCGUACCAAUGGCGCUGAUUAGCCUAGCAGUGGUUUUUGUCUUUAUAUGGAGAAGAAACAUUUUGCAAAGACUUUUUAAAAAUUCUAAGAAUGAUUCAAGUUCAAAUCAACAUGAUGUUGUAAUCGAUGAAGGAGAUGGAUUAAAAGAAAAUAUAUCACAACACAACACUGAUGAUAUGACCAAAGACGGCAAUUCAAGUUCCCCCAUAGUCGAUAUCAAACUGACGAAUGCCACGCCCACAGCAUCACGUGUCAAACUGCGCAAGUCUGCUAGUAACAAAAACAUUAUUGUAAUAACUCCGGACUCAAAGGGCAAAGAAUCUGCAAAUAACGAAGCAACAGUGCGGCCUAACAGAAGAAGUGUGCUUGACUGGAGAAAGUCUGAAACUGACGAUAGUUAUUUUACAGAAAUUCAUUUAGGGAGCGGAUCCAAAACUGUUAUUACAGUAGAUAACCUUCCUCAUGUGCAAAAUGAUGAACACAUUAGAUAUGACGAUAUACGAACAGAACUUUGA